AGACAGACAUCAUCUUUCUCUUGUUUCUGUGGAUACUCUCUGUCUUUUGUCUCUCUGUAAAUCUCUGUUUUUCGAAGAUGUAAAUGAUUUUUUAAUCUCUUUCAAUUUGUAAUCGUCUCUUUGUGUCUCUCCCCCCCCCCUCUCUCUCUCUCGCCGACUCCACAAAAUUUGAGCUUUUGUAAAAGUUCUUGAGAACGUGUGAAGAGCUAAGUAUCAAGAAGAUCUUUCCUUUAUCAAAUGGCUAAAGUUUAUUGGCCGUAUUUUGAUCCUGAAUAUGAGAACUUGAGCACCAGAAUAAAUCCUCCAAGUGUUUCUAUUGAUAACACUAGCUGCAAAGAAUGCACUCUUGUCAAGGUUGACAGUAUGAACAAACCUGGAAUAUUACUUGAAGUUGUGCAAGUCCUAACCGAUCUCGAUCUUACUAUCACUAAAGCUUAUAUCUCUUCUGAUGGUGGAUGGUUCAUGGACGUAUUCCAUGUCACUAAUCAGCAAGGAAACAAGGUGACUGAUAGCAAAACCAUCGAUUACAUCGAGAAGGUGUUAGGACCAAAGGGUCAUGCCUCGGCUUCACAAAACACUUGGCCAGGUAAAAGAGUCGGUGUCCAUUCAUUAGGCGACCACACAUCGAUCGAGAUUAUUGCUCGUGAUCGUCCUGGUCUCUUGUCUGAGGUCUCAGCCGUACUAGCAGACCUAAACUUCAAUGUGGUGGCUGCUGAAGCAUGGACUCACAACCGUAGGAUCGCGUGUGUCCUCUAUGUGAAUGACAAUGCAACUUCUACAGCGGUUGAUGAUCCAGAAAGAUUGUCUACCAUGGAAGAACAGCUCAACAAUGUGCUGCGUGGGUGUGAACAAGAAGAUGAGAAAUUUGCUCGGACGAGUCUCUCCAUUGGCUCGACUCACGUUGACCGUAGGCUUCAUCAGAUGCUUUUCGCUGAUAAAGACUACGAAGCAUUGACCAAGCUUGACGAUUCCGUUUCUCCUAGACUCGAGGCCAAAAUCACAGUUGAACAUUGUGAAGAGAAAGGUUACUCCGUGAUAAACGUGAGCUGCGAGGAUCGACCAAAGCUCAUGUUCGACAUUGUAUGCACGCUUACGGAUAUGCAAUACAUUGUGUUUCACGCCACGAUUUCAUCGAGCGGCUCUCAUGCUUCUCAGGAGUAUUUCAUCAGACACAAAGACGGUUGCACUCUCGACACAGAAGGAGAGAAAGAGAGAGUUGUCAAAUGUCUAGAAGCCGCAAUCCAUAGACGAGUCAGCGAGGGCUGGAGUUUGGAGCUCUGUGCGAAAGACAGAGUUGGAUUACUGUCGGAAGUGACAAGGAUCCUGAGAGAGCACGGGCUAUCAGUGUCGAGAGCUGGUGUGACAACAGUGGGAGAACAAGCCGUCAACGUUUUCUAUGUGAGAGAUGCGUCAGGGAAUCCAGUGGACGUGAAGACGAUCGAGGCGUUACGCGGAGAGAUAGGACAUAGUAUGAUGAUUGACGUCAAGAAUAAAGUUCCGAGCAGAAAAUGGAAAGAAGAAGGUCAAGUUGGAACAGGAGGAGGAUGGGCCAAAACAAGUUUCUUCUUUGGGAAUUUGCUGGAGAAGUUACUGCCUUGAGAAGAAAGGGAUUUUGGUGGUUUACCCCUAAUCAAACCGAACCAGAACCGGUUUUUGGUUACGUAGGCAUUAGUGUGAUCGGGGAAAUGAACAUUGUCUAUAAAAAAGAAUAAUAUGCAACUUUUCCUAUUGGCAGGGUUGCUUUUGUGUAUGUGUAAUAUCAAAUCCUAGCCUUCUUGUUAUCUUUGGCCAAAUGUAAACUAUCCUUCUUGUUAAGAAUUUUGAUUGCCGUAUUUGAUUGUUGUGAAUA